CGUAUUUAGAAUUCAAUAUGGCUGCUAUGAUAUACAAGCAAAUAUUGUAAGAUAGAAGAUACUCAUCUGUGUAGUCGUUACCAAUCAGUAACUAUCAUAUUUACUACUAAUAAUCAUUUGUUCGACAGUUAAUAACAAAUUGCAUUACACAAGAAUUUAGAAAUUUAUAUCAGGUAAGUAUCUAAUAUGGAAUAUAAAUCGAGAAAGGUUUAUUAUGGAGUCAUAUGUCGAGAAAAUUCCAUUAAUAACAACUUCAAUCUCAAGUCAUUACCGACGGACUUUUAAUGUUCAACUGGUACCUAAAUGUGCAGAUUUUGAACUAAAAGCAAUAGAGUGUUAUGAAGCUUAUGGCUAUCAGGGGGGGCGAAAGAAACAGUUAUGUCAAGACUAUCUUGCUGAUCUUAAAGAAUGUUUAUUUAAAAGAAAGUCUAUACUUCGAUUACAAACAAUGCACGAGGAAAGAAUGCGCCAAUACAAAGAAGGAAUUAGAAAGAAAGAAGAUAUUUUUGCUCCAUCACCGCCUCAAGACUCGUUAUAAACAUGUCAUGAUUCUUAAAAUGAGAUAUAGUCUUUAUUAAAAAAUGUAUGUAACGUAAAUAAACAUUUAAAUAUAUUAAAA